AUGAAGUUAACUAACGAUUUGAGCCUCUCACUAAAGUCAUUCCAAAUAAUAGUAGUAUCGCCCGAAUUUGCCAAGUGGAAUAUAGACCUGUUGCGUGCCUUGUUUUUGGAGACUGGUUGGAUCACAACGAAAGAUAGCAAUAGCAAUAGCAAAUUGAUGCUGGUACCAUAUAUCGAGGCAUACUUGAACGCUUUUCAAAUGGUUGAUACACGCAAGGAGUCUUUCCAGAGAGAGGCAAAAUAUAUGUUACUGUCUAGACAAACAGCGGAAGAGAAGAGCAAAGUUAUCUAUAGAGCGACCUGUUUUCAGAUGCAAUGUGCAAAAGAAUUACUCGCAGCAGGAUCCAAGAAGUUAGCAUUCAGUGAUUUCUUACUUGUUCCUUCCAUUCUCGGCAGCAAAUCAAUUUGUUUACCCACCAUAGAUGAGGCGUUGCUGGCUGCAAGCAAGAGGAUUCUCACAGAAUUCAGAGACAAUUACAAGACGCAACACGGAAUCGAUAUGAAAGAUGAGCUUUCAGAAGAUGAAGUUUGUGAAAUAGCAACCGAGCUUGCAAAUAUUACUCCAUUGAGGUGGAAUCAAUAUGGCGAGAUUGGCAAAGUUGGUGAAGAUGUAUCAUCUGAAACGCUUGCCAAAGACCAACUCCAGGAUCUCAGAGAGUAUCCAAUUAAGCGUUUCCUCAUGGAUUUAACCCAGGACGCCGAUGUUCAGCAAUAUACGAAAGCAGUCUGUGAUUUCUUACAAGAAUCUUUGGAAGAAUCUGGUUCAAUCAAGGGCGCACCGGAUGGAGUUCGUAGGAUAAUUCUCGCUUCCGGUCAUUUGGAGAAUCAACAUGGUUUCUGUAUCGAGAAAGCCCUACUACAAGCAAAGCUCAUCAAACCAGAAGAUAGAUUUACCAGAACUAACGUUGAGAAUGGAAUGCUACAUAGACCGUUGAAAAUGGCCCAAAUCGCAAAUGCCCUUCUGCCACCCUUGAUUCAGAACGAAAAAAAGUCUGACGGAAGCAUUUUCAGUGGUAGGCCAGAGGAUGGCAACAAAAACCCAUUACCUUUGAACUCCUUUUAUCUACAAGCAAACAUUGGCGAGCGACUAAUCCAUUUUAUACUAAACAAGGUAGUCAAAAUACCUUCGCCUGGAAACCCGAUAGAGUUGUUCACUGCACUAGAGAAAACUGUCAAGAUGAAUGAUAUAUUGACUGCAGCAUCUGAAAUUAUGUGGGGCCAUUAUCAACAAUUGGAAUCAGACGGCCAUCUGGAGGCAUUAAUUACUUGCUGUUCAGAGCAUGAGGACAUCAAUCUGUCAUUAGGCCAUUACAAGUGCUUUACUGCAAACUUGACGAAUUUGAUCAAUAACUGGUUUCAAGAUAAAAGCGCUAUUACAAAUGAAGAGUUAGACACGCAUCAGAUGGUUUCAAUCAACAAAAAAUGCUCUUGCGCUCUCAAGAUAACCCAUCGAAUGCUGUUAGAGACAGGACUGAAGCCUGCAGUCUCUAGCAUCGCAGGGAUCAUUGUGGGCACCACUCUUUCAAUCGACCACUUUGGCCUGUAUUCAAUCUCUGCAUUAUUUGUUAAAGGAGGUGCAAAUUUUGUUGACAAUGUGUAUUGCUCUGAUUGCCUUCAGCACCAUUUAGAAGAAAAGCUUGCAAAGUUCUUUCACAAUCACCAUCGAAAGUUGGUCAUGUAUUUCGUUGAAAAGGAAACAGAAGAUGUACUGAAGCAAUAUCUUGUCAAAGGAAAUUAUAAGCAGAUCAACGGUUCAACUUACGCGAUCAACAUGGAAAUUGAUACACGCGAAAGUUCUUUUUCAUUUGGACUACUGAAUGAUCACAGUAGUGUAUACAGAGAUAUUUGGGGAAUAUACUAUCCUGCAAGAAAUUGGAAUGCAAGCUAUCUCUUCAAAUCAAAGUACACUAUCCUGAAUAAGGGCAACGAUCUACCUAGCACAGGCUUUAGAAGAUUGUUUUUAUCCAGGUGGAAAUCCGCAAGUGUGGGUGAGUCUUCUUGA